AUGCAGCCCCAAACGCCGCCUCCCCACGCCUCUGGGGUGUCUGUACACCUCAGCAGCAGCAGCAGCAGCAGCAAGCCGCUGCUGUCUGUUGUUUUUCUUUUUUUUUUUCUUUUUUUGUUUGUUUAUAAAGAGAAGAAGCAGCAACAACAAAUACUGAAGCUGCAGCAGAAGGAACAACCACAACAGCAGCAGCAAAAGCAGCAGCAGCAGGAGCAGCAACAGCAGCAGCAGCAGCAGCAACAGAAGCGGGAGCAACAGCAGCAGAUAAAACGGCGGUUUGUCUCUUUCAUUGAGGAAAGCAACAGAAUACUCCAGGCUUGA